CUGGACAAAAAGUUGGUGCGUCAAUCGUCUAUGACACUUCGUGUCUACUUUGUGCGGAUAUGGCGGCUGGUUGCGGAAGACUGAUGGUGCACUACUCACAAAUGCUUAGACGCCAACUGUCGACACAUUGAGGACAGACACUCCUGGCCUUGCAUCACAGCAUACAGAACAUAGCCGCGACAACACAAACAGUCGCUGCCUCAUGUCGAAAACACUCCGUUGUGCACGCCGCCAGGCUUGGGCAACUCAACGACUUCUCCCCGGCAAAUCACAUCAUCAACCACACAAUGCUGCCUUGCACGCGUCAAAAGUCCAGAAGAACACACUCCGAUCGUUCUUCCCAUGGACCAGGACACCCUUUGUCGUCUCCGCGCCAAUGCUAGGAGCCUCCACCUCUCGCCUCGCAAUCAACGUCAGCCGCGCAGGAGGUCUCGGCUUCAUCGCCGGCGGCACCGACCCAGCCAGCCUCAACAAUAUGCUCGAGGAGUCAAAACAACAUUCCUUCGAGACGUUCGACUACCCGUACGCAGACCUGCUAGAAAAAAAAAGAGGCGUCUUGCCAAUCGGCGUCGGCUUCCAGCUUUUCAACUCCAACCUCCGGCUUCUCGCACCAGUCAUCGCAGCGCACAAACCGGCAGUGGUCUGGUUAUUCGCACCAAAAGUAGAAGAGGACUUGCGCGAGUGGGCUACACAGAUCCGCGAUGUGACAGCUCGGUCAACCCGGAUUUGCGUGCAGGUUGGGAGCGUGGCGGAGGCAGAGCGUAGUGUGGCGCUCGCGGAGCCGGACUUUCUCAUUCUGCAAGGCGCGGAUGCUGGUGGCCAUGGCCGCCGGCAGUCUGCUAGUGUUAUCUCACUGGUACCGGAGGUGAAGGAUAGACUUGCCGCUAUCAAAAAGGCGGACAUCCCGGUUCUUGCCGCUGGUGGCAUAGCAGAUGCACGCGGUGUGGCUGCUGCGUUGGCGCUGGGUGCUGAUGGUGCUGUAAUGGGGACGCGAUUUCUGGCUUCUGAAGAGGCUGCAGUUCCGGAGGGUUGGAAGCGGGAACUUAUCAAGACGGGAGACGGUGGAGUCACAACCAUGAGGUCUACGUUGUGUGAUCGGUUGAAGGAGAAUCGCGAGUGGCCAACUUGGUAUGAUGGACGAGCGAUCCGGAACAAAGGCCAUGACGACAAAGAGGGUGGCAUGGCAGACGAAGAAAAUGUAAGGUUGUACAAAGAGGAGUUGAAGCGUGGAGAUAGCGCUUGGGGUGCCCAAGGACGGAUGGUGACUUAUUCAGGGACAGGUGUUGGUCUGGUCCGCUCGGUCGAGCCGGUGCAAUCGAUCAUGGAGAAAACGUUACGAGAAUGCAGACAUAUUCUAGACACGUCUUAUCAGCAAGCGGUAGAGUCCUCAUGAAUAGAAAGGUCGGAUCAUCCAGCCGAAAGCACACAGGAAUAGGUGGGCGCAAAGUUUGCAUCUCCGUACGUCAGUCACUGCGAAGUGGAUGAUAUGGCGUAUGAUUUCUGACGAACAUUCUUGCUUCUUCACGUGUAUGAGCCGUGUGCUGUCGUGAUAUGCACACCCCUCUGUCAGCAAACGCUUCAGUGG